AUGUCUCGUUUGGCAGAUUACUUUGCCGUUAUCGGCAUACCCAAAGCUAGUUCAGCAGGUAUUUAUACAUUUUGUUAAUGUCAUUGGUGAUUGUCAAAAUUCGGCGAAGUAUAUUAAAACUUUAUUUCGUUGAUAUGUACAGCAAGUUCAUAUUUGAGGUGUGUGUUUAUAUUUUGAAUAUUUCAUAUUUCACCAAUAAAUCCUUUCCCUUCUAGCUGGCAAGAACGAGUUAAAAGGGAAAGUUCUGCAACGUUUCCCUUCUCAAGGCAGAAAGGAUUUCACCUUCCCCGAAGGAGUUGAAAUGGUAAUUUGAAGACAAGUUAAAUACGUAUUUUAAAGAGAAAAUUAUGUUGCAAUGAAUUAAAUCUUUUUAUAUUUUGCCAAUGAUUGCUCAGAAAAGGCUUUAAACAGGUUGAAUUUGUUAAAGUCCAUGUUAUGCAAAGUAUGGCUUAAUAAUAGAAUGUGAAAUUAUAUGUUGAGGUUUUCUGACAUGUCUAUAAUUAUCUAGUCCAUUUUUCCAAUAAUCCUUCAUUCUGCUAUUUAUAUACUGCAUAAUAAUACAGAAAAUUCAUCCCAUCAUUGGCAAAAUGUCAGUGCAAUCUAAAGAAAACUAGGAUAUUUGUUAAGUAUUUUGGAAUCUAUGUCUUUCUGCCAAUCGCUGACAUAUAUCACAAAGAUGUGCGGCUAAAUCCUGACUUGGCACUCUGGCUGCCAUAUUGAAUUUAAAUGUGCCGAAGCACACACAGUCUGGGACUAGAUUCGUCUUAGAUUUUUACAAUUGGUUUCAAAAAUGUGAGAAAAAUUUCAUUUCCCAAACAACUGAGAUACUACGUCCUUUGUAUGUUUGCAUUGCGAUAAAACAUAUAAUAUGUUGGUGUAAUGUACUCAGGUGAAUAUGAUGCUUGUGAUGUUACUCUGAGUGCAUAUCCACACCGGGCAAGCAAUAUGCCUGACCACGGUGGGAAUCGAACCUAUACGACCUUUGGAAUACUAGCCCAAUGCUCUGCCAACUGAGCUACGCGGUCUGGUCGGUUCGAGUAUGUGAUAUUUCGGAACAGAAUCUAGUUCCUUCGAUAUCAAUGUUAUAUAAUAAUAAUCAUGAUUUUUUCUAUGUUGGUGUAAUGUACUCAGGUGAAUAUGAUGCUUGUGAUGUUACUCUGAGUGUAUAUCCACACCGGGCAAGCAAAAUGCCUGACCACGGUGGGAAUCGAACCUACGACCUUUGGAUUGCCCGGUGUGGAUAUACACUCAGAGUAACAUCACAAGCAUCAUAUUCACCUGAGUACAUUACACCAACAUAGAAAAAAUCAUGAUUAUUAUUAGAUAACAUUGAUAUCGAAGGAACUAGAUUCUGUUCUGAAAUAUCACACACUCAAACUGACCAGACUGCGUAGCUCAGUUGGCAGAGCAUUGGGCUAGUAUCCCAAAGGUUGUAGGUUUGAUUCCCACCGUGGUCAGGCAUAUUGCUUGCCCGGUGUGGAUAUAUACUCAGAGUAACAUCACAAGCAUCAAAACAUAUAAUAGUUUUGUUUGUGGAAACACGACAUAAAUUUAUUACUGCAAAGCUUUUGAUCCGUAAGCCGAAAUUGAAAGAUUGAAAUUUUUGAAAUGGUCAAAAUUUUCUGAUUGAAAGCUUUGCAGUAAUAAAUUUACAUGGUGUUUCCACAAACACAACUGUUAUAACUGAGAUACUAUAGGGCAAAUAUACAAAUGGUUUUAGGCAGCUACAUUGAUCCAUUCAAUAAUUAAACUAAACACCAAAAUAAAACGGGGUGCAAACUGUGCUAACACCAACGCUGAACCAUUUGCCAUUUACACAUGAUACCUCAACCUUUCAGCCACCAGUGCAACUAUGCAAACCAAACCAAACUAUGUGCCUUUACCACAUGGCUAUGGGGUUUUAACCCAUUGAGUGGCAGUACUCCCCCUGACGAGUAAAAUAGUCUGGUGUUAGACAGAGUAAAAUAAUAAAGUAGGGCGCAUCUGGAUGCAUGGCCACUGAAAGCACCCAUCUUGUUUUAGGCAGGCUGUGUGCUUUUGCAGUCAUGACAAGCUGAAAUUUUUAGCCCAGUCUUGCAAUCGGACAAUAAAUCAAAUAGACAAAGCUUGCAAGCCUUUGCCCACUACUCAACUCACAAUGCCCUUGAAGCUUCGACUUUGCAUACUCGCUUCGUUCAUCAAUUAAUAUCACUUCUGGUGAAAUGGCGGAUUGUGAGAAGCACUUUCAGCGGUCCAUUAUUUCUCCAAUCUCAUUCCCCGAGCAGGCAUGCUUGGGGAACGAGAUUGUUAUUUCCCUGUAAUGGAAUGGCGGUCCAUUACGUAAAAACAAACGCAUGCAUUUUGAAACACAACAGAAAAACCAAUUGAAAAACUAAUUGUUAUUAAUAAGAUAUUUGCGAAUGGUUUUUAGUGGAAAAGAAGGAACAUUGGUAUUUUUUUGUUUUCUUCGACCAAAUGUGCACUGCGCUACUAAUAUGCAUUUCAAAUCAUGUAUUUCUUGUUUGUUUCAAGUAUAAAUGCGAUAAAUAAACUUUUUAUUAACCUCGCUUGCUCAGUAUGUACAGAGAAAUAUCAGACCUCGGUCUUUUUGUACAAACCUCGCCCUACGGGCUUGGUCUGUACCGACCUGAAAAAAGACCUCGGUCCAAUAUUUCUCUGUAAAGACCUCGUGCUCGGUUAAUAAUAAGUUAAUAAUAUAAUUUUACAAUAUUUUGAUUGUCAACAAGAAAUGUUUAGCAUCUGUUUCUCUUUUUUUAUCUAGUUCUGUCAGCCUGCUGGUUGGGAGGUAGCAUAUUACAACAAACCGUCAACGUUCUAUGUGUCUGUGCUCACAGAUAUGGUCGGGAACCGAAGUUAUGUAGCAUGCUUGUCAUUCUUUGAACCUUUCACACUUGUUAAAAAAGCAGAGGACUUUGACAGUAUUGGUGAUAUUACAUCCGUUAAUAUUUCUGCUGAUUCAAGCAGUGGUUCAUAUGACUUAAGGCAAGAUGUUCAAAUGGAGGCAUAUUAUCCAAAAUGUCUUUGUCUUGUCUCUAGAUUCACCUACUUUGACAUAUUAAAG